AUGAGUAUACUGAGCGAAAUUCUCAGUACCGGACAUGUCGAUGUCGAACUUCUGGAAGCGCUCGACGAUGAUCAGAAGCAGUUGUUGUUCUGUCAGAUGAGAAGCGAACAAGUGAGGAAAUGGGAAAUGGCAGAGGCGGAAUUCGAGAGAACGGGUCCGCUGAAUCGGAAGCCAAAGCGGAAAGGGUUGAGAUGGCUGACAGGAGUCGAUGGAGAAGUUUGGGUUUGGGUGAUGGGAGAUCAUGCGCAGGACAAAACAAUCGAUGAAAUUCUGGAAGAAGAGAGUCGCGAAAAGGCUCACGCGCUGGCGAUGCGAGAGCUCCGUGCCGCUGCUGGCACGUCGGAUUCAGAGCGAGAAGACGAUCUAAUCGCUCAACUUGGACAGAUGCAUGUGAUGGGAUCCCAUGAAAACUAUGAUAAUUUGUAUGGCAACGACGCUCCGUUGCUAUUGUUUCAACCUCCGAAACCUAUACUUACCACUUCCCAACCACCGCCUCCGCUGACGUUACCACCUCAAAUAGUCACAACAACUACAGUAUCCAGUUAUUCAACGCCACAACCACAGAAAGCUCAGCUGGUACGAGGAGAGAAACCACCCGUACCACAGAAGCCAACCACCGGAUACUUUGCAACGUUCUCAUCGAAUCCAGCCACAACAAACACCAAAGUAUAUGAUACUUAUGACAAUACAAGUGUGCCUAGCACCACAAAUGGACAUUCCACGUGGCAAAAGACAGAAUCCAAUAACACAAACAACGGAGUCAGAAUGCGUGCUCCACGACAGGACGAUGGCCGGCGAGACGAGGAAAUUCAAAAGAGGGAAUCAGAGAUAUUCCAGACUUUACAAGAAGAACGAGAACGACAACAGCGAGAAGCGGAACUGUUCGAAGAUCGGGAGAAUCCGUCGUGGGAAGAAAGGGAACGAAAGGCGAGGGAAGCGGAGAUGGCUCAACGAGAAUUAGCUCAGAAGGCGAGGGAGAAGCAUCAGCAGAUGAUACGGACGAGUACGAGUAUAUUACCAGCGCUGAAGGAUCACAAGGCGGGAAGUUUGAGGGAAGCCAUAAAAAACCUACCGCGACCGCCAAAACCAAAAUCCCGCUCAGCCAUUGUCGAAUGGUUCCAACGGGAGGAAUUGCCACGUGGCACGGGUCUCGACCCGAAAACUCGCGCCCCAGCUCCCUGGUUCCAUGGAGUAAUUUCCCGCGAUCAAUCGGAAAUUCUUUUGGCUAACAAGCCAGUUGGAUCGUUUUUAGUUCGAGUGUCGGAGAGAAUAUGGGGGUAUACGGUAUCGUAUGCGUCUCGAGAUGGAACAUUCAAGCAUUUUCUUGUAGAAAAAAUACCCGAGGGAUAUCAGUUUUUGGGAACGAAUCAAGUUGUGCACGAUGAGCUGUUCGAUUUGGUGGCUUAUCAUGAAACAGCACCAAUCACUGCAAAAGGAGCUGAAAUUCUGAAAUGGGCUGUUGGCCAAGUCACCAGGCCUUCAGACUACGCUGACCUGAUUCCGGACCCUGUGAUACCAUACAAUCCAUACUCGUCGCAUCGUGGAAUCGUUCGAACCAUCCCGACGACGAUAUUGAACGGUCCCGUUGGACGAUUCUAG